AUUUCUUUUCAUAUUGGUCCAAUUUCUCUAUCUCACUGUUAAUGGCCAUGUUGGGGAAACACCUAGUACCAAUACACACUUGAAGGCGGUGAUGGAGAAAUUAGAGGAACUCCAGACGACCGUACACCUCCAAAGUGAUCGAAUUUCUAAGUUAGAGAAGCGGAACCGUAACCUGGAAAAACUUAAAGCCAACGAUCUCCACAAGAGGGAAAACAAGCAAGAUAAGCGGAUUUACAUUCUAGAGAAACAGUACUUGCGUUUUGAAGAACGUUUGAAAAAACAAUCCAAGAAAAUAUUAUCUGUGGAAACGCUUGAGAGGGCCAUUAUGAAAAAGAUGUCUGGGUUACUGAGUAGACAAAACGUCCAAGAAAAACUGUACAGAAAUCUGAAAGAUCGACUUCAAAAUUUUAUGCACUCUCAAGAAGAAAAUCCCGUUUUUGCUAAGGCCCUCAAGCAACACAAAGAAAGUUUGAUAAGAAGAGAGCGAUUGCUUGUUCCUGUGACAACUACUGCGUCACUCAGCAACAUUGUUGCGUUCUAUGCGUAUUUAUCAAAGGAUGUUCCAUCCCCCAGCGGCCACCAUAUCCUCACGUUUGAUAACGUAAUCACCAAUGCAGGAAAUGCUUACCAUCCCCACUCUGGUACAUUUAUAGCGCCCCGAUCUGGGUUUUACGUUUUUACAUGGACUAUAAGAAUAUUUGGAACAGCACAUCACUCAACAGAACUGUUAGUCAAUAACAAUGUCGCCGGAUCGACGUAUCUUGAUCCAGCUAAUACUAUUGAUGGCAGUGUUACCGGUACCGUUGUGGUACAUGUUGACCAGGGAGAUGAUGUUUUGGUAAGAACUCUGGACCGGUAUUACAGGGGUGAUAUAAUAAGCAGAUUUGAAGGACGAUCAUCCUUUGCAGGAUGGGCUUUAGCUUAAAUCAA